AUCAGUUUCGAAGUGGAUACACGAGCGACGAAAACGUGGUAACAGUUGCGCGAAUCGCGAAACGUAUCAAUCAAAUAUCGUGAAACGUCGUGAAUUUAUAUACCUGUCACCGUGAACAAGAGUUCAUCGAUGUCCCGCGGCUCGAUGGGCGAGAAGGGGAGGAAGAAGGUGGAGGAUCUCGACGAUGACAUGUCGCGAAGGGGGACAAUAUUUUCGCGUGAGGCCGAGAAACAGCUCUGUCCAGGAAGGCCGUGACGUAACAAUAUCUUGCGAAGUUGGAAACAGAGUUGGGAUCGUGCAGUGGGUGAAAGAUGGCUUCGCCUAUGUCAUACAAUCGAAUGGAGAAAUCGUGGGGCAUCCGCGAUUGAGAUUAAUAGGCGAUCAGAGCACAGGAGUUUACAAUCUUCAGAUCACACAGGCUUCUUUGACCGACGAUGGGGAAUAUCAGUGCCAAGUUGGACCAUAUUUGCGCAUUAAAUCGAUCCGUGCCAACGCUCAUCUCACCGUCAUCUCGCCGCCGCAGAAAGUGGAGAUCAGCAAUCAUCCGAACAAGAAGAAGAUCGAGGUGAAGGUUGGGGAAUCUCGUCGUUUGGAAUGUGUGGUACGAUCUGCGAAACCUGCAGCCACGAUUACAUGGUAUCGUGGAAACAUUCAGAUCAAAGGAGGUGAAACGUCGAUUACACCUAUUUCCAUCGAGGGUGACAAAGAAGUACAAAAGCCAGGUGAGAACAAGAAGGAAUUGCUCAAAUACGACACCCACGGUUCCAUCGUCAUUGUUCCUACUGCUGAUGACAACGACAUGGAUUAUACUUGCGAAGCUAAUCAUCCUGCAUUACCCUACAGUAUGCCUUUAAGAGCAACCAUCAAACUUUCUGUUUUCUAUCCACCCACCAUGCCGUAUAUCGAAGGUUAUACCGAGGGUGAGACCGUGAAACGUGGACAACAAUUGGAUCUGACCUGCCGAUCUCGCGGAGGGAAUCCACCCCCCCAAAUAUUCUGGUACAAGAACAACGAAAGGAUCUCAUCACCCUACAGGAACGAGGGCCAUUUCUCUGAGAACGUGUUGUCCAUUACUGCGAAAGCGCAGGAUAAUAACGCGAGAUACAGAUGCGAGGUAUUCAAUAUCAUGAGCGUGGAACCUUUAAAAGUGCACGUGGAUCUGACUGUACUUUUCGCGCCAUCCGGAGUGACGAUCACCGGGCCAACAGAAGCGAAGGCCGACGAACAAGUGGUGAUCACCUGCACCACGGAGAACUCGAAUCCUCCCGCGGAUAUCAAGUGGACAGUGGACGGUCACAAUUUCGAGAGCAACGCCUCUAGAACCGAGCCAGCCCCCGAAGGUGGUUGGAUCACCACGUCCAACGUGACGUUCAACAUAAAUCGUACCAGUCGCAGUAUAGUCGUGAUAUGCGACGCGUCUAACGUGAAACUGACGGAGAACGUCGUCAGAACCCACACCAUAACCGUGAUUUAUCCACCGUCGAAACUUAGUAUCACCGGCUACGAGGAAGGAACGACGAUUGACGCAGGAACGAUACUGAGAUUGUUAUGCACUGCAACUUCCGGAAAUCCACUUGCCACGUUGAGUUGGUACAAGAAUGAUAGAAAGGUACCAGGAACCACGAGAACGCGAGACCAUGCGGUUUCAAGCGAGUUAACGAUACUCAUAAAUGCAUCUGACAAUAAUGCGCGCAUACGAUGCGAGGCAGCGAAUUCCGCGACACAAAUUCCCCUGCUCAAAGUGCUCGUCCUGAAAGUUAACUUUCCGCCUGAUAAAGUCAAGAUCACUCGCGAGCCGCAGAAUUUACACGCAGGCCAAGAGGGUCAUAUCAUUUGCGAAUCGAGCAGCAGUAAUCCGGCGGCGGAGAUGUCGUGGUGGAAGGGUGGGAUCCCGGUGCAAGGUACCAAAAAUGGCACUAAGCCUGGCUUACAUGGGGGAUUUCUAUCGUUCGUCGAACUGUCGUUGGAUGUAACGGAAGAAAUGAAUGGAGAAGUGUACACGUGUCAAGCGAGAAACAAUCAAAUGGAUAGGUCUAUUCACGACGCCACUACGCUCGACGUAUUGUAUAAGCCAAUAUUCUCCUCAAUCGAGCCUUACGAGUUAAUUGGAAUGGAAAGCGAACCUUUCGUAAUUUCCGUUUCAGCUAUGGGAAAUCCUAACGAGAUAAGUUACACGUGGACUAGAGAUGGUUUACCUCUGGUCAGUAAUAACAGAAGAAUAUCUGUUCGUGCUUCUACAUUAAAUAUCACUAAAUUGGAUCGUCAUGAUGCCGGAACUUAUAUUUGUGAAGCCACUAAUGAAGAAGGCACGACAUUUUAUCAAUUGAACUUAACUGUUCAAUAUUCAGCAAAGAUUAAACGCACCUCAACUUCGGGAAUAGUAUAUUCUCCCGGAAUCGAAGCGAAAUUGUUCUGCGAAGUGGACGGUAGUCCCAUAGGAGACGAAUAUGUCACGUGGCAGAAAGUUGGCUCAAACUCGGAACUCUCUGGCCGAUAUUCCACCUCUUUCAUCAACAAAACUUCUUAUCUGCACAUCGAGAACCCUGAUCAAGAAGAUGUUGGAGAAUAUCAAUGCAAAGUUAACAAUGGAAUCGGCAAUGUCACUUCUGAACCUAUUCUUUUCAUCACAAAUUUCAAACCACAAAUGAUGAAUACACCGUUGACGAGAAGAGCAGCAGCAAACAAAGGAGCAAACGUUCAAUUGUUAUGCAAAGCAAGAGGCUCGCCUUUACCUCGAUUCUCUUGGACAUUUAAUGGAAAAACAUUGCUUCCUAAUGUCACAGAACAUAAAUACGGAAUUACGCACACUGAUUUAAGCGAAUUAAUUUCCAAUUCGACGCUGACUAUUUUCCGUGUGACAUCGCACGAUUACGGGAAAUACGAGUGUCGUGCAACGAAUAAAAUGGGUCAGUCGACGGAUAUGAUACAUCUAGAUGUGACAUCGCCGCCGGACAAACCUAGCGAUCUUGAGGUGUUCAACGUCACCCAUGAUUCUGUCACACUGGUGUGGAAAAGAGGAUUCGAUGGUGGUUUGCCAACCUCGUAUCAGAUACGUUGGAGGCAGGCUCUCGAUUACGAGCAUCGAUACCACUAUCUGGAUGUAUCGGCAGGAGAAUAUAAAACCACGAUAACAGGAUUGUCCCUUGGGACAUACUAUGUGUUCAGCGUGAAAGCUAUCAAUGAGAAAGGAGACAGUGGCUUUCUACCUGACUUGGUUAAAGUUCAAACACUUCGGCCGAAUAACGCUGAGAACCUGCCGGACGUUCUCUUGGAAAAGGGGGAUUUUACAAUGAAUUAUAUCUAUACGUUUGCAGCAACUUCCCUCAUCUUUUUUAUCAUUAAUAUCUUCAUCAUCGUGUUGUGGUACAUUAUGAGAAAGCGAAAUAAAUCUCGAAUAAACAAAUCGCAAACAGCAGAUAUGUAUGCACCAUCAACCGUGAAUGGAGACACCAUGACCGGCGAAUUAAGUUCGGUAUCGGAUGAGAAGAGCGACGUUAACUUCGACACUAAUGAUUACGUGGACGAGGGACGAAAGACCGCAGCUAGCACGUAUUUGAUAGAUCAAACUAUGCAAGAUUUUGGAAAAGGGAAUAUGGAAAUGCAGGUACAUCAUCAAGGAACACUUGGUCGCCGUGGCAACCACAUUCAACCACCGAUGAGUAUGGAUUCACCGCCACAGCGAACGACAGCCAGUGGAACACUUUCUGUUUCGAAAUCGAGUUACAUCGGAAACCCUAGUCCGGCACCGCCAAACGACGUAAAUUUCUACAGUGUAGAGAUCGACAAUGGCCGUUACAUGGGAUAUGAAACGAAUCACAGUCCAGUGGUGGGUGAUCCAGGUUCAGGUAGUUAUUAUCCAUCCAUGAGUCCCACUGGACAUAUGCUUUCGAGUCAUGUGAACAGCGGGACAGGCACGUUGACACGCAGCAGAACCUUACCACGUCCAGUCCCACCACCGGAUGUGACUGUGAUGACUGCUGGAUCGAAAUCACCGAUACCACCGUCGGUACCUCCACCACCUACUACGUUUGCUCGGUCGGUAUCCAGCAACGCGCAUACUCAUGGUCACCCAUUGUCGACUUUUACUCCCACGCCAGCCUAUUCCGAUAUUGAUGGUCAUCUUGUCUGAGGAUCGCCAAUAUUCGGCCCUAGUUCGGUGCGUGGAAAGUAUCGUGCCGUACCGAGGGACGAGACUAUCAUCGUGACAGAAAGAACCACCCGGCUCUAAUAUACAUCUUGAUCUGUGGCUGUCGAAUCAUGGAAUUCUUUCACGAAUCUUCGGCCUUUGUUCAUCGUUUUCGACAUCUCACUGAGCUAUAUGUAUGGUUAUGUCAGUUUGAUAUCGUUCGAGGAUGUGAAACAGAAUUUUUUUGAUGAAAUUGUGCGAUCAUAAAGAGUUUUGUGUGGGUGCUUCGACGACUUUCUCAUACACAUUAUCCUCCUUGAACAUAAAAGAAAGUAACAGAAGUAUGUAAAUAGAAACAAAGGAAAAGAGGAACCGAUGUUGCGGUUUCUAUACGUAAUUUUUAAGUAGCAUGCGGUAACACCGUUUGCAAUAUGCAAUAUGCAUUCCUUAUAUGCUGGUUUCAUUGGUUUUUCCGCGGACAUAAUUAUCAAAUACGUACCUCGACUUGGAUCUUAUGAUAGAUCAUAUAAUUACGUUUUUCGCAUAUCACAUUUUAAGAAAAACGAUUGAUACUUGUGAGCAAUCCAUUGGAAUCAACUCUGAAGAUAUUUUCGUGAUACCACAGUUAGCAUACUGACAGUGAUUUAUUCAAUUUAUUUUUACCAUUUCUUUCUGUGGUUUUUGAUUGCGCUUAUUUAUGCACUUUUACUUAAUUGUGACGACUUCAUAGUGAUGUAAAGACUUACAUGAUCCAUCGUGUGACUUAAAUGGAAAUCGACGAAUUGUGGAUGGAAGAAACUCAUCUGAGAAUGUUCAUCCUAGUGAGCACAAAGGUAUGAUCAGGUUAAGUUGCAUUUUGCUGAGUUAAUAUCAUUAAAUGAUAAACUCAUGCGAUUCAACUGAUAAAUUAGAUUGUAAAUUAGAAAAAAAAGAUAUAAUAAUGAAACGAAAUAUCAGGGAAAUUCGCGAGCCGUAACAAUAUAUAAUAAUUUAAAAAAUUUUUUUAGAAACACUUCGUUACACUUAUUCGUUACACUUAUAUUCGAUCGAUGGCGCUUUUGAAAGUCGAAUUUUAAAUCUCGAUUUAAAUCGAUAAUAUUAUCGAAACUCUAUCGAUGCUGUUACUCUCGAUAUUAUUAUGUAAUAAUAUACCAAAUGAUUUUUUUAUUUUUUUUUUUUUCUUUUUU